AUCCGUGCGCCAACUAUGUGCGUUCUAAGGUUGAGUCGUCGCCAUUGAAAAGGCUGUGAUUGUACAGUGGAACAUCCAGGAAAGAAAAUUGACUGCAAAGAUGUGGAUUUAUAUAUAAAAUAGAACGUUUGAGUGUCCGACAUGGAUGUUUCAUCCAUCGGAUAUCUUAUUGUUUCAUGGAAAUAAUAAUAGACAGUUACUUUAGAAGGGGACUGAGAAAAUAUACGCUCAGUGCACUGGAAACAAAUCAUUCCUGUUAAGUCUGGCUUGUGGAAUGCUGUCGUUCAAUAAGUGGUCAUGAUUAAUAUUAAGCAUGACGAGUGAAGUGGAGUUUACGAAUCCUCAAAAGUGGAUGAAUAUUUCUUUCACCGAAGCAGGAUUUUUUACUUGCGUUUUAAUCCAAAAUCUAAGGUCGAUCGAUUUGAUUGAACAUAAUCGUCGACCUUGUUUAGGUUUUGGAAGUAGGUCAGACAUCCAAUUAUUCUCGUGUUUAUAUGUAUAGCAGGACACGUAAUAAGUGUAUAGUGUGCGGAUUUACUCAGAUACAGCGAAAUAGGAUAGUACUUUAAAGAUUCAGGUAGUUUGUAGAUAACAGUAUUGUUGUUUACAGUAUUAUUGUAUAAAAGCGUGAUUGGAGUGACAUAAUGAAGUAUUGCCAUUUUAAAUUUGUAGCUGUACUUUAAACCUGCACUAGAGCUAGACACUCACUGGUCAGAUUUAAAGUAACAGAACUUGAAAAUUUGACACAAGUUUGUCAUCUUGUAAUCAUGAGUAAGACUGUCCACUCAAGUGUAAAUGGAGACGUUUCUCAUACUACAGAUGAAAAUGUUACUGAGUUACAGAAAAAACCACUGAAACAUCAAGGACUAUCUGCUGCAAGCAAAAUCAGCAAAAGAACAAGUAAUGAAAUGGGACAGAGAAAUACACAUCGUAGGAUAUCUGACAGAAGUUUGGGUGAAAGGCAAUCUCCUGAUCAUGUCUCAAAAGUAAGCGCAAAGAAUAUGCGCUACACAGGUCUUGGGAAGCAAAGGAAAUGUAUAUCUGAUGAUUGGACUGCCAAAGUUCAAGCAUUAAAUGGAAGUGAAAGAGAGAAAUUUUUAUCCACAGGAAAGAACAAGAGUUUAGGAGUGAAAAAAGACAGAGACAGGUCAGCUAGUAUACCAUCGUGUUCAACAGACAGUGCAAUGUCUGUGUCUCUAAAGGACAAUGAAAAGGAGAAAACAUUUGAUAAAGAUUCCAUUGGUAAAGAUUCCAACAAUGUAGAUGGUAGUUCAAACAUUGUUAAUAAUAAUUCUGAUGAAUCAAGACCAGAUCCAAAAAGUGUUCAAAAGCCAGACAGUGAAAAAAUCAAGCACAAAUUUCAAGUCAUUCCAAGAUCACGGAGAUCUGUUACAAUUGAUAAAACUACAACUGUGAUAAGACCUGAUGGAAAUAAAGAAAAAUCAGCAGUGCAAAAUGAAGAACCUGUUGCAACAAUUGACAGUGCUUUGGGUAAAAGUGUUGAUUCCAAAGACACUGAGGAACGAGACUUGUCACAGGAGGGAAAUUCUGAAUUUGAUGGUGCUACGGAAAAGAAAGAAACAGGUGAUGAUGGAGUGAAAAAAGACGAUGAAAAUGAUGAGAAAGCUGUGGCCACAUCACCAGAUGGGAGAUUUCUUAAGUUUGAUGUAGAAAUUGGUAGAGGAUCAUUUAAAACAGUUUACAAAGGCUUAGAUACUGAAACCGGUGUAGCAGUAGCCUGGUGUGAACUACAGGAUAAAAAAUGGAACAAGAGUGAGAGACAACGAUUUCGUGAAGAAGCUGAGAUGUUGAAGGAGUUACAACAUCCAAAUAUUGUGAGAUUCUAUGAUUCCUGGGAAGAGCCUAACAUGAGAAACAGAAAAAUUAUCGUGUUGGUCACAGAGCUUAUGACAUCUGGAACACUCAAAACUUACAUCAAGAGGUUUAAGAAGAUAAAUGCCAAAGUAUUGAAAAGUUGGUGUAAGCAGAUCUUGAAGGGUCUGUGUUACCUACAUACCAGGGACCCACCUGUGAUACACAGGGACCUGAAGUGUGACAACAUCUUCAUCACAGGGACAACUGGAUCUGUCAAGAUAGGAGAUCUGGGGUUGGCCACACUCAAAAACAAAUCUUUUGCUAAGAGUGUUAUAGGUACGCCGGAGUUCAUGGCCCCGGAAAUGUACGAGGAACAUUACGAUGAAUCAGUGGAUGUUUACGCUUUUGGGAUGUGCAUGUUGGAAAUGGCUACAUCUGAGUAUCCGUACAAGGAAUGUCAUAAUGCCGCUCAGAUUUACAGGAGAGUGACAACAGGUGUCAGACCAGAAGCUUUUGAGAAGCUUGAAAAUGAAGAAAUUAAAAAGAUCAUUGACAGUUGCAUCCAGACGAACAGACAAGACAGACCUUCAGCCAAAACUUUGCUGCAGCUGGAUUUCUUCACAGAGGACACCGGUGUGAUUGUGGAGGUAGCAAACAGGGAGGAUGGGGAAGCUCUUCCAAACAUCAUGGCUCUUCGUCUCCGAGUUGUUGACCCGAAGAAACGGAGGGACAAACAUAAAGAAAAUGAGGCCAUACAGUUCGAAUUUGAUCUCAAUAAUGAUCAAGCUGAAGAUGUGGCUUUAGAAAUGGUUAAGUCAGGGUUUUUACUAGAAGAAGAUGUGAAGACUGUCACACGACAGAUCAAAGACAAAACCCAGCCCAUUAGGGCAUUGAGGAUGGCCAAAGCUGCAGAAGGCGUGGCAAACAAUACGUCAGAAACCAGCAUGGCCCACUCAGUCAGUCAAUCCUCUAUCCCACAGCAAUCACAGGAACAAUCUAGUCAACCUCCACCACAGCAUCAGCAAGGACAGACUUCGCCCGGUCAAACAAUUGAAGUUCAGACAGUCCAGCAACAACCAUCACAGCAAACACAGUCAGCACAAGGUCCUGAGCCAACCCCUCAAGUACAACAAAUCCAGUCGUCAGGUAGUCUGGAAGACACGCAAGCAUCAGUACCUGCAGCUGUCCCCAGAGAGGUUGUGGAAGGUCUUAUGGAUGGACAUCAGCUCAAGAAGGAAAGAUCUGAUAGUAUUUGUUCCACCUCAAGUGUGGGCCAAGGUGUGGCACAGGGUACCAGUCAGCAAAAACAACUAAGUCAGGUAGUCAUGGUGAAAGACGUUCCUUUCCCAAUGUUAAAGAAAGUUGCAAGUGUCCCAACUCGAUUACACAAGCAGGGUUCAAGUCUAGAACAGCUGAACAUAGCAGCUGCCCAACAGCAGCAGCAGAAACAACCAUCAGGCACAGGGACACCGAAGGCUAAUUCCUCGCUAUCUAGUGGUCCGUCACAAACCAGCCUAGGUUCUAAUCUGUCACUGAGCGGUGCAGUACUACAGGAUCAGGACCAGAGUAACAGAGAAAGUGAAAAUGAGUCAGUUGCUGCUAAAACUGAGGAGAAGAAGAAGAGGGUGAGAGUCAAAAGGAGGAAGACUCUCGAGAAGAAUCCACGCCUGACCAUACUUAGUUACGAGAAUGAGUCUGGGGAAGUGGAGUGUCGACUGGAAAUCUCCAACAAAAACAACAUUACCUUUAAGUUCUCGCUAGAGAAUGAUAAACCCCAAGAAAUAGCUGAAAGCUUGGUUCAGGAAGAUUUGCUGCCUGAAGCUCAAUCGGGUAUGGUGAUUCAGCUGCUGAUGGAGGUGGACCAUAUGGUGAAAGAGAACCCUGAAACGGCUGUCGCAACCAUCCUUAGUUGUAACACGAACACGCCAACAUCCAGUCCCUGUACUGUCAGGAGGAUACAUCCAGCAGCUCUCGAUUCUGAGGCCGUCAAGGCCAUUAAACGAGGGCAUAAAGGAAAACGUCACUCUUCUCACAAGAGACUACACUUUGACACGGAUGGAGACAGUGGACAAGCCUCUGACGACAGUAGGAAUGAAAUGGGAGUUUUGGAUGGGGUUGAUGGACAUGUACAAAUGAGAGAGAAAAAGUCAGAAUCUCGAGUUAUUGAAAGCAAAAAAAGAAGUUUCAUUGUCAGCAAAGUCCUAGAGCCAAGGAUCCUUGAAUCUAAAAUAUCUGAAGACGAUAAUGAAGAGCACACCAACAUUUCUGAUAAUUACAUUUCCCCAGAAAACACACAAAGUUCUUUGCCCUCGUCCAGUCAAACAACGACACAGCACACUAGUGGUGUGAUAGAUAGUGAUCCAGGAACUGGUACAGAUUCUGAUAAAUCCGUUUCCAGAAGAGCCAAUGUCCCUGUAGACCUUUCAGCUUUACAGGAGCAACUUCACCAGCUGACUCAUGCUACCGGUACUCAGCAAGCUGUACAAACUGAUGUUCCAGCAGAAAAAGGAUCUCCAGUUGUUCCAGCUCAAACAGCUACAGGUAUUUCAGAAAUUCGGCCUCAAGUUGUGGAUGAUCCGUCUGCUCCUACAGACACUAUUCAUAAGAGACAUCCUAGUGUUGAAAGUUUGCAAGGACAACAGCAAGCCCAACAGAAAAUAGCUCAGCCUGCACCACAGCAGACCAGUCAAACAGCUCAGACACAAAUCAUACCACAACAGCAACCAGUGCAACAACAGCAACAAUCAAAGCCACAACUUCAGCAACAGACUCUCCAACAACAGCCUGUGCAACAACAGCCAGUGCAACAUCAACAACCCCCAGUCCAACAACUUGCACAACACCAACAAACAGCUCAGCAGUCAUUGCAGCAAACAACAGUGCAACACCAACAACCAACAGGGCAACAGACUGUGCAACAACAGCAAGGUCAACGCAUCCAGCAACAGAUGCCACCACCUGCUCAAUCACAGCCGCAACCCAAACAACUCGAUGAAACUGUUCCCCCUGUUUCUCAACACCAAAUUCCUCCAGCCCAAAUUGACCCUCUCUCAAGCAGUCAGCAUAUGGAUCCGAGUCUUAAUCCAAGUCAGUCUGUCCCUGCAAAUUUAUCAAAUAUUGUGCCCAUUACGCAUCCCCAGAAUAUUUCUGGUCAACAGCAACAACCAGUUCAGGCACAGAUGUAUCCCAAAAUGCCGAUGAUGAUGCCCCCCAUGCCCCCCCUGGACCCCAUGUAUCAGUUACAGAUGCAAUAUUACAAUAACUACAUGUGGUACAUGUCUUUUCUCCAACAAGCCCACUCUCAACAACCACCCCCACAACAAGCUCCACAGAUGUUCAUGCAGCCUAAUCCGGCUAAUUGGAUGUUUCCUGGACCUUUCUAUCAUACAGUGACAGGGGCAACAACACAAUCGCAACAGCACCAGCAGAUCCCACCCUCCAUGAUGGUCGAUCAGCCUGUGGCAUCUGGAUCCUCCCAUCCUCCGUCUCCCACAAUGUCCAGGAGGCGUGACCAAGACAACCAGAGUAAAGCUCCUAGUAACACUGACCAGCAGGCUGGACCCAAGAAAGCAGACAUAACAAAUCUUCAGAAACUGGAUCAGGAACUCAUGAAGCUCCGAACGGUUGGUCCCAGAAGGGAGAAGAAUGUGGGAGGGGCAGAGGUAUGCCCCUCUGGAAGUGACAGUCAGACUGCACAAAAUGCAGGACCCGGUGGCUUAGAAUCUGGGUCUGUAACCCCUAGUGUCUCACUUGAAAGUCUCAAAAAUGAAGAAAUGAAGAAAGUCCCAUCAGAAGUGUCUCAAGAGAAUGGCUCAAAGAAAAGAUUUUUAGUGAGUGCUGUGAAAGAUGAUCCAUUAAUUAGUAGAUCUGUGUCUGAUGAGGCUACUCCUACUGCAGACGAGAGCAAAACUCUGACAGAAAUUUCAGAAGACGUGAAACAGACAUUGCAGGACAUUGUCGAGAAAGUGUCAAAUGAUAAACAAAAGAGACAGGAGACAAGCCAGAAAGGCCGUUUCCAAGUGACACCUGUUCAAGCCACAACAGAAAACGUAGUUGCUAGUCCUAACAAUAUUGACAAUGAAAAUGUACUAGGUGAAGGGGCUAGCACAGAUAAUCCAGAAUGUGUAUCAUCCCAGCUUGCUAGCAGCACUGUAAGUAACAUGCUCACAAAGCUGUCUCCCUACUCUUCUAAGCUUUCAGAACCAUCACCUUUGAAAAAUCCUCUCGUCAGUAAGGUUAAAUUUGAUGAACAGCCCAAAUUUGUCUUUACCCCGGAACAUACUCAACAAUACUCAAACAUGUUGCCUUAUAGACGGAGGUUAAAGUCCACGGGGAGCUAUGAUUUUUCACAUGAUUGUGAACAGUGUGGGGGUUAUUUCAAAGGUGGUGGUUCUUUCAUUGCUAACAAAAAGGCACAUGGUAUGCAUGUGCAUGUGCCUAAAGUAAGUUUUGAGUUUUCCCCUGGGGAAAGUUGCUUUGAUGAGGAAUGUAGGGCAGUAGAAACUGGGAGUCAGACCUCUCCAGCCUUGAUGGUUGUAGAUUUUUGGAAGUCAAGAGUCCCCAGAUUUCGUAAAAAGUCGCCCAAGAUGGAAGAGUCGUCUGAAAUAGACAAUGAGGUUCAAACAGUGAAAGAGGUGGAUGAGGAUGAAGAGGUCUUGGAACAUCUGCCAGAGAUGCAGGACAAGGCUGAACUUCAUGACUUUGAGGGAAGGGAGGAAUCCAAACCUCAAGUCUGGUGGCAUGAUGAUCCGGAAUAUCAAGAGAUGCUGAUGAGACAUGAAGAGGAAAGGAAGUCGUUGAACUUCAAACAACAAAGAGAAGUCCAGGCCUUCAUGAAGAAGAAAGGCUUGCCUGUUCCUCCCAUCCCACCCCCUGCGCCCCCUCCUCCGCUACAGAUGAGGGGUCCAGACCAUGCCAGUAUGUUGAGUCCCCAGAUGCAGUCACUUCAGUCUUCUCUGCAACAGUUAGGAAGGUUACACAUCACUGGAAAACUCAUGCCAAGUCUCACAAAACAGAACAAACCUACAUGUGCCAAUGUGGGAGAUGUGACAAAGUUAAGUGAGGAUAGUAUUUUGUCAAAAGAACUCAAGACAUCCAUGACAGAUCUUCAUGGAGAGAAAAAUUCUGACUCUGUUUCGGGUACAAGUGGACUUUCGCAGAGGGAGUUGAGUCAGAGUGGGGGGAAAUCAGAAGAUGUGACUGUGAUGUCUGACGUUUGUUCUGUGCAAAAUGUCAAAGCCGACUGUGAUACAGCAGACUCCAUGAAAAAUAGCUUCAACCAAAGCAGUAGGAAAUCAAGUGUUGAUUACUCGGUAUCUCCAGAAGCCGAGCAGCGUGGGCAACAGAUGAACUUAGUGCAGAAUCCUGCAACUGAUCAGCCAUUACAAGUUAUUACAAGUCGGCAACCAAUGUUUAACAAUCACCCUUACCCAUAUAGCUUUCCUUACACUAAUCCGACUUCUACACCUUAUGCACAGGCAGGCUUUGGUAGCCAUGGAUACUUCUACCCACAGUUCCUUCCGCCCAAUGUUGGCAUGAUGCCCAGCGGUCAGAGUGGUGUAGUAACACCAUCUGGAAUGCCUCCUGUAACAACUACGGCCCAAGUGAUGGUGGCAGAUUCCAACACUGUGCCUGCUUAUCUACCAGUCAACACUUCAUCAUUAUCACCGCCGCAACCUUGAACAACAUUAGCCAAAUGUCUUUCAUAACAUUGUUCCAUCAUUAAUUGAUACAAAGUACAUGUAAGGUUUCUUGGUUUCUGAAUGUAGCUGUAGUUCAUUGAGGAUAAAAACAUGGAUUAAUCAUUGCUGUAUCAAUAGAAAUGUUUUACCCUGGUGAUAUGGGAACAAACUGAACUAAACCUCAUUCAGAUCAUGGGUGAAUGGAUGUCAUAGUUUUUGUGUGUGUUUUUGUAUUCACAUUCAAACUGUGUGCAAGUUGUAUGGUCUGAAAUGUAGUUAAUGGAUUGUACAUGUAUGUAUUACUUAACAUUAAAAUAAUGUAUGUAUAAAAUAUCUUUAAUUUAUCAUAUUGAAAUAUGUGUGUAUGCUUGUUAAGAAGUUGUACAGUCAAAAUUGCUAUAGAGUAUUUAAAAGAAAUACAUGUAUUAUUUAAACACACACACACAAAAAAAAGCUUCGACUGUGCAAUUUAUGUCCAUAAUCUACUACAUGCUGUACAUUGUCAAUUGAGGAAAAAAGGUGCAAACUGUCCAUAACAGUAUUGUAUUGAAAAGAAUUGGGUUCAGCAUUGUGAUUUUCUUAAAUGAUUGCCAUGCAAUCGAAAUAAUUGAUGUCCAGAUUAUUAGUUUAAUAUUUUCUUUUUCAUGUACAGACACAUGUACAGUAGAAUGCACUGUGGAGUUUUGUCCUGUGGAAAACGUUUUUUUUCUCACCUUUUUUUUUUAUCAAGACGCAGUAAGGUUGAUGUUCUUAGAAUGGACAUUGGGUUUCACUGGCAAAGUUCAUCUCUUGCCAGAAUAUUGUACAUAGGUAUGGCUCUGGUACGAAGGGUGCGUUGCAAAAGGUUUUGAGAUUCUAAUACAAAUUUUUGUAAGCACCAAAUCAUCUGCUUUCAGUAGUCUGUUUGAAGGCCUAUAUUGUUGUCAUUGGUUUGGUUUUUAUGAUUACAAAAAAAUUAUUAUAUUUAUAUAAAAGCAUAAUGUAUAUCAAACUAUCAAAAUUUAAAUCGUGCAAACUAUUGUCCACAGUUUAUAGAUUGCAGCUUGGAAAUUUUGUCUUCUAUGAAAAUUUUACAUUUUGUACGUGCAACUUGUAACAUCUCAAAAUUCAAGUUAUAAUUAAAAAUUGCAUGCAUGACUAAAACAAGAACAAAAACAAAAAAAAACCCCAAAAAAAAUUGUUGGAUUUAUGCAUUUCAGGUGUUUGAUUUUAGGCAUUAACAUAAAGUGUAUUUUUACUGUUUAAAACUUGCCACAAUGAAAUUAACCUUUGGCUACUAAUGCUGAAUUUCAGUAUCCCUGUACACCUUUGUGCAUUAGGGUGUCUGUAAGGAAUUGACUGAGUUUUUUAAAAACAUGAUUUCUGAACAAAAACACUUUCAAUGUUACCAUGGAAAAUUGAUGGAAAAGGAAGGUCAAAUGGUUGAUGUCACUGAAUAGAGGUUCAAGAAAGUAUACCUCUGAUAGUAAGCAUCAUUUGCGUAACAAAUUUUCAAGUAAAUUACACCAAAAUGGGGAAUGUUUUUUGGUAUAUAUUUCAAUGACAUUUUCAUUACAUUUGACAAUGAAAUUCCUCAUACUUUUUUAGCUCUUAUUUUCUUGACAUUGAGCUUUUGACCUUUGACACUCAUAAAGGUCUUUUUUUUUUGGCAUUAACAUUUUUUUGUGUUUUAUUUUGAUUGGGACAUACUUGGAUUUUUUUUUUGCACCUGUACAUAGAAAAACUAGUUCUAUCAAUCUUGCAUCCUCAGUUUCCUUAUUUAGUUUUGAUGUUGCUGUAUGUAUAGUGAUAUAAACUUCGUUAAUUAUUUGUAGACUUCCAGCAAAAGGGAAAGAAUUUGUUAGAAUUAAAUUUGUUUCAAUUGAUGAAUUCAGUACAUUUCACUCCGGAAAAUACAGUGCAUAAGAUUAUUGGGUGUAACUCCUAUGUACAGACAUAGUUAAUUAAAUUGAAGUGGAGAACACAUAGAAAUGUAAAUAUUUUUGCAUGACUUUGUUUUAAACUGAAGAAAAAUAGGUAUUGAAGUGGUUUCCAAGGAAAUGUCUUGAAAUUAUAUGAACAAAGAAACAUUGUGUAUUUCGAGUAACUUACAGUCCAUUGUAGAUUUAAGAAGUAUAUGGCCUGUUUUAUUUGUGUGCAAUGUAAUUGAAAAUCCAAUUUCAUAAUAUUUCUGUGAUACCAUAGUUGUAAUACUCUGGACAAUUACAACUUCAGCUUUGUUCAUGUAGGUAGUGUCAACCAAACCGUUUCGAUGCUUGACAGAUAAUUUGAUGUUUAAUUCAUGCCACUUUUGCUGUAUGGUUUUUAAGUUUUGUUGCAAUGUUAUAUUUUUAAAGAAAGUUGAACAAUGCAAGGUAAAGCUUUUUUGCAGUAAAGCGUGCCGGAAAUGAC